AUGGAUGGAGUUGUUGAGAUACGUGAAGAGAAUCGUGAGGAGGGACGUGAAGAGCUUCGUCGAUUGAAGGGUCGUUUCUUCGUCGCAGUGUUGCUUGAACUGUCCACAAGAGUCUGCAAACGAGCUACUGGUUCAUAUCCAAAUCCGACGAAGACCGGAGACGUGGCGUAUUCUUGGGUGAUGGAGUUCAAUUUGUGGGCGCAUCUGGCUUUUAGGCUUGUGAUUUUCAGAACCAUUUUUGCUCCGAUGGUGGUGAAACUGGAACGGAUGAGAAACGUACGAGAAGAGUGCGACGUGCAGCUACUCGUGGGUUUGAUAUGUGUCGUCCUCACGCUCUCCUUCUCAGCGUACCUUCGCUGCUUCGUCGGGUUAUAUAAACCCCUCCUUCUUCCCUCUUUAACAAACUCCAAAACCUCACAGAGACAAAAUUUUCUCACUUUUUUUCCAGAUUCUGAUUUUUUUUAUCAGUCAUCGUUUCAAAAUCUCCAUCGUUUCCUGAAAGAUUCAGAGAUAUCAAUGGAUGAUGAUGAUGGAGGUCGUGAGAGAAGAGAAGAGACUCGUCGAGUAAACGAUCGUUUCUUUCUUGCAGUUUCCCUCGCCAUUUUCACCGGAAUCUGCAAACGAUCAGCUGGUUUUGACGGUUCAUAUCUAACGGAGACGACGAAGAACGGACACGUGGCGUUCUACUGCGCAUCAGAGCUCAAUAAGAUGGCCGAUAUGUGUUUUACGGUGGUGAUUAUCAGAAUCGGUUUAUCGAUGCUUGGACUCACUUUUGCGCCGGUGGUGAUGCGAAGACUACGAGAAGAGUCGGACAUGAAACUGACGAUGGGUUUUAUCUGCCUACUGAUUUCACUCUGCUUCUCCGCUUAUCUCCGGUUGUUCGUCGUCCGAUGAGUUUGAGUUCUCCAGAAUCUUCCCUCUGGUUUCGAUUUGGAACGGCGUCGUUUUAGUGAGAUUCAUCGUUGAUCGUUAUCAUCUCUCUUUCUGAUUUUCUUUCUUUGUUUCUUUAGUUUGAACAUGAGUUUGUUGUUAAAAGUUUUAACUUUGAACAUGAGUUUUUAAAUACCAUUGGAUAUAGGAGUCAAAGAUUUAUCAA